CUCAUUUGUUUUUAAAUGUGGAAACCUAUCGUUUUAGACGUUGAGUGCAUCGUUUGUAAUAAAACGUUGCAAAAAAUCAACCACGAUCCGCGAGAGAUAUCAAGAGAAAUGGGGAAAAUUACUAAUCGCCGGUCAAGGACUCCAAAUUGGUCGCUUCAGGAAAAACAACAUUUGCUUGAAUUAAUUAGAGAGCGAAAAGAAGUCGUCGUAACGAAGAGUAACAAUGGACCUAAUUAUUCAGAAGAAAAGGAUGUGGCUUGGAAUGCGAUACUUCGCGAGCUUGCAAUUAAGUUUGGAGAUAAGUUUAUAGGCAGUUCUACAAAGAAAGUUAAGACACAGUGGCAAAACAUGAAAAGAAUCGCCCGCGAAGAAAUCGCAUUAAAUGGACCUGAAUUACACAAGUACACGAAGCUGUCUUUGGAAGUGUGUGAAAUUCUAGAGUUAUUGAAAGAUGGUGUAUUGAAAAAUGUGAGUGAGCAUGAUAGUACACUAACCACUGAUGUGGAAAUAAAGGCUGAACGCAUUGAGGAGGAAAAUAUUCAACCAGAAUGCAUUAAUUUUAACAACAGCUCUACCAAUAUGGAUGUUCAAGUGGUAAAUGAAAACAACCUGAAUUCCUUAAAUCAAUUUGAUGUGACCGGUUCCUCUAGCUCAGAUAACAAUGAUCUCAAUGAACUGGUAAUUGAUGAAUCCAGAAUUUGUAAUGAAGAAAAACUGAUUGAAGUAAAACACACAGCCUCUAUGACUGACAUUUCAAUGCAAGACUUAACAUUUCUUAAUAAAGAAUAUUUCAAAUACACAGAGGAGGAAAAAGCUCUUAAGAUAGAGUCGCUGAAAGAAGAAAGACAGGUGGUCAGAGCAAUGAGAGAGACGGCAGAACUGAAUAAAAUUACUGCUGAGCAAAGAUUAAAACAUGUUUUGUGGGUCAAGAAACAAGAAAUGUCAAUGUACUCUGGAGAACCCGGAUCUGGUGCUGGCAAGGGUGGCGGUGGCGGUGGUGCCAUCCGUGAAGCCGGAGGUGCCUUUGGCAAGAUGGAGGCUGCUCGGGAGGAUGAAUACUUCUACAAGAAGCAAAAGGAACAACUCGCCAACCUGAAAGGGCACUUGAACAAGGAGAUUGCGUUCCACCAGGAGCAGAUCAAGCGCCACGAAGAUGCCAUCCGCCGUCACAAGGAGCAGAUGGCUGAGGUGAAAGAAUAAACUGUCUGUGGUGAGGCGUCUCGGAAGGCAGACAACUCUUAGAGACAUGACUAGCACUAACAACUCUUGGGAAAAUGAUUACUGGCUCACCUGUAUACUGAUGUAGUGCAUGAUUGUUUACCAUCGUAUUUUCUCGGAGACGUUCGUAUUUUUCUUGCUACUUCAGUCGAGCUCAGUGCUGAGACUGACUGAAAUAGCAAGACACGUUCGUAAGUUUCCGUGAAAAAACGAUGGAAAAUAAUUACGCACUACAUCUGUACAUGGCUAUGUCGUGUUAUGUGUAAAACUGUAAACCACUGAUUUAUAAUUACUAUAUUAACUAAAAUGCAUGCGAAAUAUAAUCAAUUGUGAUUUCUGUUUCUAUGUUACCCUUUUGCGACACUGUUGACUUACUGUUGGUGGAUUUUCUUUUAUGGUUCAAAACAAAAGGUUAGCAUGAACAGAAAUGAAUAUGUAUGCAUUUAGCAUUUUAUACAUACUUUUUAAAUAGUGUUAUCAAUUUCAAAUUUUAAUAAUAAUAGUGGAAUGUCAUUAUAAAUCAGUGGUUGCUAUAGAUCUAGGUUACAACUCAUGUCUUAGACCUUUGGACAUUGUAACGUAAUGUUGCAAUAACUAAAAGGUUUUACAAUUAUGUUGAAGGAUGUUACUUAUUUUAUGCUUUUAUUUUGUUUAGCAGUAGUUCGUAUGGAAAGAUAACGCAAUUACAUAAUUCUUAAAUCUGC